ACUUGGCCGGCCGGCAUCGCAUUCGUGGAUGGUUUGUGUUGUGAGUCGUUUUACUGUUUCAAUCUUUAAUAGAUAUCAAUAAUUUUCUUAAAAUUUUUAUACAUAUUUCAAAAAGUUAAUAUUGAUAUAGUCAGAACUUUUAUAUCCAUGAAUCGAAAAUAUUUGUAACACGGAAAAAAGUUAAAAGUUAGUCAACGAUUGGUGUAUUUGACAAUUGUUUCUCGAUUUUAUUUUGAUUUUAAAUCGAUUGAUAGUGAAUCUAAUCGAUAAAUUAUCGAUAAUUACGACUCGCGAAUAUAAUAAAUUGAAAAAAAACGCAAUAUAGUGACAUAUUUUUUUUAAUAAAAAAUUGUAAACCGACAAGACGACCGGCAGUAAACUCUACUCGGAUCUUAAUUUCGCGGAUCUGAAUUUUCAAUAAGGUGAUCGUCCUUUACGAGAUGGCCGACAAAAGCGAAUGGGAUUACUCUGUCCAAAAUGGGCCAAGCACAUGGGUGUCCAAGUUCCCGAUGGCUGCAGGAUCGAGGCAGAGUCCCGUCAAUAUCGAAACCGAUAAAGUAGAAUCCGAUCACGAGGCUUUAAGUAGCAAACCUUUGCGCUGGAAGUAUCCAGCAACCGCAUCCCGGAAACUCGUUAAUCCGGGCUACUGCUGGCGGAUGGACACCGAUGGCGAAGGCACAUUUUUAAGUGGCGGACCUUUAAUGGACGACGUGUACAAACUGGAACAAUAUCACUGUCACUGGGGAUGCAGCGACUCGAGGGGAUCCGAGCACACUGUGAAUGGACAAGCCUUCGCAGGAGAGUUGCAUCUGGUGCAUUGGAACACAAGUAAAUACAACACAUUUGCCGAAGCUGCAAAAGCAUCCGAUGGUCUUGCUGUUCUUGGCGUAUUUUUGAAGGUGGGAAAGACGCACGAGGAAAUGGAGAAGAUCGCUCGCCUUUUGCCGUAUGUCUCGCACAAAGGCGAAGUCGUAGAAAUUACGGAACCAAUCGAUCCCAGUAAACUCCUUCCCGAUGAUAAUGGCUAUUGGACGUAUCUGGGAUCGUUGACGACACCACCUUGCAAUGAAAGCGUUACUUGGAUCCUCUUUAAGAAAUGCAUCGAGGUGUCUCAUCAUCAAUUAAAUAUUUUCCGUAAUUUACGUAAAUUCUCCCGUGGUGAGGAGUGCCCCUGCCAUGAAAAUCAUGGAGCGGUAAUCAACAACUUCCGUCCACCGAUGCCGCUCGGAAAUCGCGUAUUGCGCGAGUGCGGCAGCUUCUGAGUUUGUUCCCUCGCGAUGAUGCAUCGAGAUCAGUCGAUAUCUAACGAAAAACGGCGGGAGAGAAGCGAAAUGGCCGCCAUCAUGGAGAUUGACCGUGGAGGAGGAGCGGCCUUAAUGACUCCUCCAAGUAUGCUCGCGAGCCAUGCAUCGUCGUUCAACCUUCAUUCUGUAUCGUGGACGUUUCUCGCCGGGAUAACCAAGUGCCUUCUUUGUCUGUCGAGGAUUUCCGGAAUGAUGGUUGGGAGAAGGGAGAACGAAGGACGAGAAAAGAUUUUCUGCGGGAAGAGUGGUGGAUAGAGAAGCGUGUUUCUGUGGAUAUGUUCCUUGAGAAAUUUUCUAUAAGAUCGAAUUUAUUAAGUAAGAUAUACACGAUCGAGUGUGAAUAGUUGAUAUUUCGUGCUGUCCAUAUUUCAAUUUUUAAUUCAUUUCAUUUCAAUAUGAUAAAUGUUGGUUAAGGUUAGAAAUUAGAAAGAUAGAAGGAUCAUAUUGUAUUAAAUAUUAUAAGUUGUUAAGUAAUUGUUAAAUUUAAAUUGAAUUUUAAAUGAAUCGUAACAACGAGCUAUAAUAAGAAUAAUAGAAAUUAAUGGACAGCAAUAAUGUUAUGCGAAAAGGCAAAAGAAUCGUGUAACAAAUGAAAUUUGAGAAUGAUUUCGAAGGCACUAUACAUAGAACGUUUGAUGAAUAAUAAUUUUAAAUAGUUAUACAUGCGUAUUUUGUAUGUACGAGCCCAAUAGAUAUAUUGAUAUUCUGUUGUUCACGAUCUCGAUGAUAAUCGCAAAAGAAUCAAAUAUGAGAGCAUUUUACCUCGAUUCUAAGUGCAAUUAAAACGUAGCCGAAACGAGAGAAUUUUCGCUUGACUAUCAUAGAAUAGGGAUUAAAUAUUUAGUUGGAGAAUUAUGCGACUGUUUGUUUUAACGAAUUAAAAAUAAGAUGUGCCUAUAUAUAUAUUCAUUCAUACUAACGCAGGACGUAUACACUCGAAU